AUGUUUGACACCAUUGUCGCACAUCACACUACGAAAAUCGACAAUCAUAAAGAGUUAAUGGCAGACAAUCAAAAUCCAUUAUCAUCGUGUAUUCAACGUACAGCCAUCGAUCCUUUUGGACACCUCGGAUCACUGUAUGACGCAUGUCAAGAUCGUGUCCUCCAACAACUAGAAUUUCCUUUCGAUAAACCUCCCAAUCAGUUUCCUUACACGACGCAAUGUACUCUAGCAAAAGGUCAUAAAAAUCAGAAGCAAAAUCCACUUGAAAUCAUCGGUAUUGACGAACAAUUACAGUUCAGUUUAGCGUUGAAUAUCAUCCCGAAGAACGGUAUCACAUCCGCAAUGAAUUAUCCCCAUGUAAUCGAUCAGUAUACUCGUGUUUUUCAUUUUACUUACGUUUACCGAGUAGAAACACUACCGAAUGAUCUCCAGCUUCUUCGAUCAUGGCUCGAAACAAUGAAACCGGGAAAGAAUGCGACACAUGUUAUCGCGGGUAUCACUUGGGGUAUUGAUAUUGUUAUAUUUAUUCAAUUGCCACCGGAUGACAAUGUCACACCACUGAUUGAUGAUACAUUGGAAAAGUAUCGAGCGUAUCUCAAUGGUGAUUCUGAUCAUUUUCAAUUGACCCGAGAGGACGUUCUUGCAUAUAAGAAAUUGACUGACACCAAGAUCUAUUCGAAUAUGUCUGUUCUUAGUGAGAAUUCAACUCUACACGAUGUAUUCCAUAGUAUUACCCGACGUAAAAUGAAUCAUAAUGAGCAUCAGCAAAUAAAUUAUAUCCUUUGUGCCCUCCAACCGUUUUUCUCUUCGCUUCCAUUAUCAGAUUAUCAUUAUGUAUCGCUGGAUGUCAGUCAUGAGAGUAAAUUAGAAGAAUAUUUAUUUGAUUUAUCGCGUUCGUUGAAGCAUCUGGAGAGUUACUUCAACGAAGAUAUGUCAAGUCUGUUAUGUGGACACUUUAAAGAACGAUUAACAAAUGCGUAUAAGCAGUGGUAUGAUUUGAAAAACGAAGCGAAUAGUAUUGUUGAUCGACUUGGAUCAUUGGUGUGCGAUAUGCGUUCGGGUUCAGUCGCUUAUUUUCCACUUGAUGAAGCUUUCGAAACCGAACAGCAGAUACAAUUGAAAACGAACAUUCAAAAUCUAACGCAAAAUGUCGCUGAUCUCAAUGCUAAAGGCCAUUUAAUUAGUGAUUUAGGUCAUCAAGAAUUUCAGUAUUGUGAUGUAGUCGAACGGCACGUUGAUGAGAAUGAUAACGAAGAAUCGUUGAGAGGAAAGUUAAUCAUCGAUCAGAAUAGCGAUCGAGUUUUAUGUUCCAGUGACCAAUUGAAUCAAAAUAAUCCCCAACAGUUAAAAGAAUUACGUUAUACCUUAGUGGAAGAACUCGAACGAAAUUCGAAGCUACGUUUGACUUAUGCAGAUUUUUCUUACUGCAAUUUUGAACUACCGAAUAUGAUUAUAUUGCCAUUUAGUAAAUAUCAUAUUCGGCAACGAAUCAAACCAAUCGAUCCACUGGUUAAUUCAGACUUCAACAGUUCUGUAUCUUCGAUGUCGACAACUGCUGUAUCGAUGCCACUUGUCCCAUCCAUACUAACGAACAAAUCGAUCAAUAUUCUCCUUCUUGGAGAAACAGCAGCAGGAAAAUCAAUGUUUAUCAAUGCAUUCGCCAACUAUAUUACAUUUAACACAUUCGAAAAGAUUCAUUCAGAAGAACCCCUCAUUCCCAUACCUGUUUCGUUUUUUAUUCCUGUUGGUGAUAAUUACGAGGAACGUUUAGUGAAAUACGACGAUGUCAAAAAUAUCCAAAAUGAGAACUUCGAUCAUCCGGGUCAGUCAGUCACUCAACAAUGCAAAUCCUAUGUUUUCCAUCCGAAUUUUGCUGACAAAAGCAAAUUGCGUAUCAUCGACACACCAGGCUUCGGUGAUGUACGCGGUGCUGAACACGACAAUCGAACAAUGGAACACAUUUUCGACUAUGUGAAAAAACUGGCACACAUCAAUGCGAUUUGUAUAUUCCUCAGAUCGGGUCGAACGGAGUUGAAUGGAUUUCUAUCUGAAUGUCUCCAACAAUUGUACGAAUAUUUUGGAUCGCAUGUUCGAAGAAAUCUUAUUUUUUGUUUUACUCACACCCGUACGACCGCAUAUACAUCGGGAAGUGCAGGCGUACUAUUGCAAGAUAUACUAGCGUCGUUACCUAUGCGCAAAGUUCCGUUGAAGAAAAAGAAUACGUUUUGUUUUGAUAACGAAACAUUUCGAUAUUUUGUCGCCUUGCAAAAUCAGUUUCAAUUUAGUGACCAAAAUCGAGAAGACUAUGAGAAAAGUUGGACAAAAUCUGUUAUGGAAGCCAACCGAUUAGUUCGAUAUAUUCGUAAAAACCUCGUCCCUAUCCCUGUACCAGACCAAUGGGAAACCAUCAAACGUACACAAAUUGAAAUUGUUCAAUUGAUCCACCCAUUACUGGAAACCAUGAGAUAUAUUCUUCGGAAUAUAAUUAGCCGGAAAAUCAGUUCAAUGAAAGUAUCGAAUCAAUUAAAUGAGGAAGAUACGUUUAUAGAUGGUAGAGACAAAGACAAAUACGAUGAUCAGUAUUUGCCGUAUGAACCGAUUCCAUUGGAAUUUCUACAAAACUAUGAAAUAUCGAAUUGUUCAAUGAUGAAAAAACAGAAGGAAAUGAUCAAUCAUUUGUCAUUUUUAUAUGACACGAGUGCAGAGUUGGGUUAUUUUCUGGCAUAUUCAACAACUUAUCCAAAUGGAAAUCCCUUCCUGGCAGGUCUAUUUCGAUUGAUGACAGAAGAGAAGAAUAUGUGUGAUGAUUAUGGUCGAAGUUACAUGGACAUGCAACUGGUGGAAAGCCUAAAAGCAUUGUCGACGAAUUAUGAGCAAUGUAUGAAAAUAUUUAAAGUAAAUGGAAAGCGUAGUAAACUAUCGGAUAUUCAACAACGAAUUCGAUUUAUGUAUACAUAUCCAUUACUAUCGGACUAUGUUAUUGAUAGUCAUCGAAUAAGUAACGGAACAAAUUAA